AUGAGGAAGGAGUUCAAGUGUGACCUCUCUGACUAUCUGCCUAUGAGCCAGUGGUCAGGUAUGCUUGAACAAGCUAAGAGGUGGCAGUUGUCACCCUCCUUGGUGGCAUGCACUCCCAUCACAUCGUCAUCCCUAUCCACUGUUGGAGUCGGCAGAAAGCUACUUCUUACGGCUGUUGACAUGGCUGCUAUUUGUGUGGGCUUCGCACUGGAGUGA